AUGGACACAGACAGCCAGUUGACUCUGCAGGAGCCCGAUGCAGCAGGCGCGAGGACUGGACAGAAAGACAGGUUCGAGACAUGUACCUCGGCUUUAAUCUGGCAGUCGGGGCUGGUCUGGCGUUCGGGGGAGUUUGUCGACCUAGGCCUCUCGGACGACGCUCGCUCGCUCGUACAUACAGGCAAGUUGCUCAGCCGCCCCAAGAGAGGGUUCGGCCAGACACACAAAUGGACGGAGCUCUUCGUCCUUCUCUUCGACAAUUAUCUGGUCAUCACUGAGCCUCGUGAGGAAUACGGUCUCAUCAAAUACCACGUCACACGUCAUCCCAUACCGCUCGAACUCUUGACGACGACAAACAUCGCGCACCCGCCGAUUCAGCGCGGUGCCGGUGAGCCGAGUCCCAAAGUACUGGCUACUUUAGGCAGCCGGCUCCGUUCCGGCGACGACACUCUUGUAUAUCCGUGGGAGAUUACCCACGUCGGCCGAGGUGGACCGUGCGCCCUUUUCGCGCAGAGUGAAGAGGCGCGGGCGCAGUGGAACGAAAGGCUGUCCGAGGCGCAGAGCUUGCGAAUAGCUACUCAGGAAAGGAAGAAGGUUUUCGAUAUCAAGCCGCUGAGCGGCGACUUAGGCGCCGGCGCACCUAUCACCGGACGAGUGACGUGCAGCCUAGCAUUCAGUCCCAAGGCAGAUGAGCGCGUGCAUAUCAUCUUUGGCGGUGACGAAGGCGUCUGGACUGGCAUUCAAGAUGAUCCCUCGAGCAUCCAUCGCGUCCUCAACGUGAAGAUGGUCACACAAUGUGCCGUUCUCGAGGACUUUGACGUGUUCAUCGUCUUGGCAGAUGGAGCUCUAUCUGCAUACCCUCUCAAUGUGCUCGUUCCAAGCCGCUUGCCCCAGAACGACGUAACUUUCGCGCCGUUGAGGCUGGGCGAGGACAAGGUUGUGUGCUUCUCUGUGGGUCAAAUACUCGAUCGCACGCUCCUGGUGUAUGCGUGGAAAAAGAGACAUGGCAGCACAUUCCGCGUCCUCGAAGCCAUUCCGUUGAAAGAGACUGCAUCGCUGAUGAGUGCCAUCGACGGCGGUGCUCAAUACGGACUGGACGAGCGCUGCUUUCGCGUGCAUAGGGAUCUAUCCUUCCUUUCAAUUGCCGACUGCUAUGACUUGAUGUUCGCACAUGCACGCGUCGCAGUGUUACACCAGAAGGGAUUCCAGAUCGUGGAUCCACUCGUGGGUGACCGCAGUGUCACGAUCCCGCUAGGCCCACGCGACAAGAUGGACAAGGAACUCGCGAAGCGGUGUGACACCUGUCGGCCGUUGCAGAUGUUGAGGACGAGUAGGAACGAGUUUCUACUCUGCUACGAAGAGUUCGGACUAUUCGUCGACCGUGACGGCGACCCUGUGCGCGACAAGCCGAUGAUGCACUGGCAAGGCAAAGCAGAGCAGAUUGCCUGGCACCCGCCUUAUGUGGUCACCUUCAACAACCGCUUCAUUGAAACUCAUAAUGUCGAGACCGCGCAGCUUGCGCAGAUCCUUCGGGUCGAAAACACGCGUGUAACAUGGGAUGGACGGGGUACUGCACGGCCGUCGCCGAAAGCGCCCGCUGAGGGUCGCGCGUGGGGGUUCGAUUCCCAAAUCCGCAUACAUGGCGUGAGGCGUCAUGCACCGCCUGAGUCCUCGCCUGGCCCUUGCGCGGUCCCUUCUGUGCCAGAUGCGCAGUACGUCUUUGCGCUCGUACCUAGAGUCAGGGAAAGGCGUGAAGGUGAAGGGGCGUCGUUUCGUGUAAUGCUCUGA